CCUCGCUCACCCUCCUCUCCACGCCGCACCCCCGCACCAUGGCCUCGUCUACCAGCGCACGCCUGCAGCUGCCGCAGCUCGACGGCGUCGAGGCGGCCAAGCGCGCCGCUGCCUACGCCGCCGUCGACGCACACGUGCGCGCCGAGGACCGCGUGAUUGGCAUUGGCAGCGGCUCGACGGUGCCGUACGUCGUGGAGCGCAUCGUGCAGCAGGGCAAGGCCGUCAAUGCCGGCCGCUGGUUCGUGCCCACGGGCUUCCAGUCCAAGGAGCUCAUCGUGCACGCCGGCCUGCAGCUCGGCGACGUCGACUGCUACCCGGUCAUCGACGUGACCAUCGACGGUGCAGACGAGGUCGACUCCGCGCUCAACGCCAUCAAGGGCGGCGGCGCGUGCCACCUGCGCGAGAAGGUGCUGGCCGAGGCGGCCAAGGUGUUCGUCGUCGUGGCCGACUACCGCAAGAACGGCACGGCGCUCGGGCAGGCCUGGACGCAGGGCGUGCCCGUCGAGGUGGCCGAGUUUGCCUACGCCAAGGUGAUGCGCGACCUGCAGCGCAUGGGCGGCAAGCCGGUGCUGCGCAUGGGCAAGGCCAAGGCCGGCCCGGUGGUGACGGACAAUGGCAACUUCGUCAUCGACGCGCCCUUCUCCGCCGAGGUCAUGGCGCAGCCGCGCGCGCUGCUGCAGCAGAUCAAGCUGCUGACCGGCGUGCUCGAGGUCGGCCUCUUCGUCGACGUCGUGCAGGCGGCCUACUUUGGCAAUCAGGACGGCACCAUCACCACAAAGGUGCUCAACGGCAAGACGGUCGACACGCAGGAGGGCGUCACGUUCGAUGUCACGCAGCCGCCGGCGGCCGCCUCCGCCUGAGCGCCACACACGAUACAGUGCUUCGGGCUCCGCAAAUGCAGGUCUCAUACCCCACAGGCGUGGUGCAGUCUAGAUUGCAAGCUUGGCUCUAUGGGUAGUCUAGGUCUCGCUGUCGCCGAGCAGCGCCUCGAAGGCGUUCUUUGGCGGCGGCGGCUUGGCACGCACCGGCGCGCCCGGCACGCUGUUGGCGAGCGAGGCGUCCUUUUUCUUCUGCGCCUUCUUCUCGCGGCGCGCCAGCU